AGUCCAUUUCCAUGAACCGGUGUUGUCCAAACUUUACGUAGCGGAUCCAAAGUUUGUUUAACAAACUAAUAGUGACAUUUCACGGCGGGCAAAGUGUCCUCUCCGUCUCUGGUCGUCUUCGUCUAGCUGUAAAGUAAAGCAAAAGGCGCUGCGAGGUUAGAUAUGACCAAGAAGGACAUAGCUGGUUGGAGUCGAUGACUAGCUAUAGCAAGCCUCGGGUAGCUAAUCCCGGUCAGUGAUUAAUCUGCGUUGGUUAAUCCAUUUAUACUUGUCCUGGUCGAAUGGAGGACAGGACAGGACAGGAAGGGGAGUGUCCUACAUUGGUUGUGUGACGCCGCCGGGGCCGCGUUGAGAUGUUCGACGUCGGGCGAGCGGGAAGUUAGUUGGCCAAGUCAGGAAGUUCACACAUCUGAGGACACAACCAGGAAGAAGUCAUGGCGAUCAGAUGGCGACGGUCCCGCUCCACUUUUAGGCUUCUCCUCGCCGGAGCCGCGGUGCUGGCGUGUGUCUUCUACUUCUGGGAUUUCUCCUCGGAGGUGAGCGUCACCCAGCGACGGAAGGCGGAUCUCGAUGACCCGCGGACGCUGAAGAGGCCGGUCUACGAGAAGCCCCCCCUGGAUGUGGGCGCCCCCGGGGAGCUGGGCGCAGGCGUCCAGCUGGACCUGGAUGGGGAGGAGAAGCUGAAGGAGCAGGAGAGCAUCUCAAAGUAUCAGAUCAACAUUUAUGUCAGCGACAAGAUCUCCCUGCACCGCCGGCUGCCGGAGAGGUGGAACCCGCUCUGCAGAGACCUGGAUUACGACUACACGUCCUUGCCCACCACCUCGGUGGUGAUCGCGUUCUACAACGAGGCCUGGUCCACGCUGCUGAGGACGGUCCACAGCGUCCUGGAGACGUCUCCGGACGUCCUUCUCAAGGAGCUGGUCCUGGUGGAUGACUACAGCGACAGAGAUCACCUGAAGGCGCCUCUGGAGGAGUACCUGUCAGGGUUGCGGAAGGUGCGUCUGAUCCGGGCCACCAAGAGGGAGGGCUUGGUGCGGGCCCGCCUCCUCGGGGCGUCCGUCACCACCGGCGACGUGCUGACCUUCCUGGACUGCCACUGCGAGUGUCACGAUGGCUGGCUGGAGCCCCUCCUCCGAAGGAUCCAGGAGGAGCCGUCGGCCGUGGUGUGCCCCGUCAUCGACUCCAUCGACUGGAACACCUUUAAGUAUUUGGGCAACCCCGCCGAUCCUCAGCUCGGGGGGUUUGACUGGCGGCUGGUCUUCACAUGGCACCAGAUCCCGGAGCGUGAGAAGAAACGGCGGCGCUCGCCCACUGACGUCAUCAGGUCUCCAACCAUGGCUGGAGGUUUGUUUGCCAUCAAUAAGAAGUUUUUCACCCACUUGGGGACGUACGACACGGGGAUGGAGGUGUGGGGAGGAGAGAACCUGGAGUUCUCCUUCAGGAUCUGGCAGUGUGGCGGCAGCCUGGAGAUCCACCCGUGCUCUCACGUGGGCCACGUGUUCCCAAAGAAGGCUCCGUACCCGCGCAGCCACGCCCUGGCCAACAGCGUGCGCGCCGCCGAGGUGUGGAUGGACGACCAGAAACGUAUCUACUAUCACCGCAACCCCCACGCCAGAGCGGAGCCGUUCGGCAAUGUGAGCGAGCGACUGAUGCUGCGAGAGAGGCUGGGCUGUAAAAACUUCAAGUGGUACCUGGACAACGUUUACCCAGAGCUCCACGUCCCAGAGGACCGGCCGGGCUUCUUUGGAAUGCUGAAGAACCGGGGCAAGGCCGGCUACUGUUUGGACUACAAUCCUUCAGAUGAAAACAACUGCUUUGGAGAAAGAGUCAUCAUGUACGGGUGUCACGGCUUGGGUCAGAACCAGUUCUUUGAAUACACCACGGAGGGGGAGAUCCGAUACAACACCAGAGUCCCCCCCGGCUGCGUGGAAGGCGACGUCGUCAGCACCUACCUGACGGUCCAAGCGUGCGGGAAACACGGGCCUGCACUCGCCCACCAGAAGUUCCUCCUUCGACACGACGGCAGCCUGUUCCACAGCGUCAGCCGGAAGUGCGUGGAAGCGGGGGACAAGUUCCCGUCCCUGCAGGCCUGCUCGGACAGCCCGCACCAAAAGUGGUUCUUUCAGGAGCAAACGUAACGCCUUAUGAGGUUUUUCAAUGAAGAAGACACGCCUCCUCUGCUCGCUCGCUGCAUCCUGCACCGGAAUGUACGCCUCCAUGUGGACCCAACACUCAGUGGGCUGUUUGCGCUCACGCCUGCAGAGGGAGCCCAUGCGCCUCCUUAAAGGAAGCUUGAAGGUGGGAAUCUCUGGGGGGAAUUUUCAUCAUCCCGCGUCAGCAGCAGAGGCUGGGAUAAUAAGGGAAAACUGGUCUUGCACUCGCCUUACGCCCCUCCCACACAAAUCUGCAAAACCUUUUUUGAACUUCAACCAACACAAGCCGUGUUUUUGCUUACUUUUUUUAUUCUUCCUUUUGUCGUCCUUUUUUUUUUUUUUUUUUUUUUUUUAACUAACGCUUGA